AUGGCGGCGCACAGCUUCCCCACGCCGCUGCAUGGGCACGUGGGCCGCGGCGCCUUCAGGGACGUGUACGAGCCCGCGGAGGACACGUUCCUGCUGCUGGACGCGCUGGAAGCCGCGGCGGUGGAGCUCACGGGAGUGGAAAUAUGCCUUGAAGUGGGAUCAGGGUCGGGAGUUGUAUCCUCAUUCCUAGCCUCUAUGAUAGGUCCUCAAGCUUUGUACAUGUGCACUGAUAUCAACCCUGAGGCAGCAGCUUGCACCCUGGAGACAGCAUGCUGUAACAAUGUUCAUCAUCAGCCAGUAAUCACAGAUUUGGUCAAAGGCUUGCUACCAAGAUUAAAGGAAAAAGUUGAUCUUCUGGUGUUUAAUCCCCCCUAUGUAGUGACUCCUCCUGAAGAGGUAGGAAGCCAUGGAAUUGAGGCCGCUUGGGCUGGUGGCAGAAAAGGUCGAGAAGUCAUGGACAGACUCUUUCCACUGGCUCCAGAUCUCUUGUCACCUGGAGGCUUAUUCUACUUAGUUACCAUUAAAGAAAACAAUCCAGAAGAAAUUUUGAAAACAAUGAAGACAAAAGGUCUACGAGGAACCACUGCACUUUCCAGGCAAGCAGGUGAAGAAAUCCUAUCAGUCCUGAAGUUCACCAAGUCUUACUGUACAGUCUGCUGGAUAUCUUGAAAAUCUAGAGAUAUGUUUUGAUUGAUAUGUUUUAUACUGAAUAUAUUGAAUAUAUGUAUAUUGAAUAUAUGUAGAAGCUGAAGGUAUUCAGCAUAUUUUGAAACUAAAUCAUUUCUUAAUGAGUAAAAUUAUGAGAAAUUCAUAGAUAGAAUCAAGAGUUCAU